AAUAAUGCAAGUAGAGCCCUACAUUAAUGGCUUGUUGAAAAUACAAGAUAAUAGCAUUCUAGCCAAUGCAAAACUGAAGCCAAGAAAGCAUUAGAAUAUUGUAUAUGAAAAUGAUGGACUCACUGUCAAAUACUAAGCAAACCCAGAAACACAUGAAUAUGCGUGCUUGUAAACAGACCAAGCUAUUACAUCCUCUUUUUAUUACUUCGAAGUUAAAAUCUUAAAAAAAGAAAACACUAAGAAGUAAUAGUAAUAAAUAAAAAUAGUAUUAUUUCCAUAGGGCUUGCUAUUGACAAUUAUCCAACAAACAAGCCUUUGGGUAUUAUUGGUGGUAGUAUAGGGUACUACUGUGAUGGAAAAGUAAUAAUGAAAAAGCAAGAAAUUGAUUUGAAAUUGAAUCAAUAUAAACAAGAUGACAUUAUAGGCUGUGGUAUUCAUAAAUCUGAAGUCUUUUUCACACACAACGGAAUUCGAAGCUUGUAAACAGUCAAGGUUGAUUUUAAAGAACCAUUAUACCCAACAGUAGUCUGUGGAGAUGUUGCCUGUUUUCGAUUCAACUUAGGAGCGACCUCAAUGAUAUUUGAUUAUCAGAAAAUGUUGUAGAAGGAAAAGCAUGAAAUCAUUUAAGAGAUCGAUAAAUAAGAUGUUUCUCCUUACAGUCUUCAUCUCAUCAUUUAAGAGUAUUUAUGGAGUUAAGGAUACUUGAAUUCUUUGAAAUAAUUUGAAAGAGAAAGUUCUCUGCAGGAAAACGAAAAUAUGAGACUAGAGAAAAAACCAGAAGAAAUGAAUUAUGAAGAAGAAUAGCAAUGUGAUGGGGAUUUAAAACGAAAAUAGAGUCUACAAAUGACUCCAAUGUCUGCUUUACAAAGAAAAUUAAGUGGAUUGUAGAGUCCGAACUUUUAAUAGAUUUCAUCAAUCGAAAGAAAAGUCAGUGGCUUCUAUUUAGAUGAGUAGGACAACAACAAUGAACUUAAUUAAAUAGCAGAAUAAGCAUUCUUGAAGGAUCAAUUAGUUAAUUAAGAAAGAAUAAGUAAUUUUUUUGUUUAAAUAAGAAAUACAAUAACUCAUUCGAGAAGGUAAGAUUGCUGAUGUCCUUGAUAUCCUCAGCGAAAUGAUGCCAGGCUUUUUAUAAAAGGAGGGAGUCCAACUGACCUUGUAUGCCUAAUACUUUAUUGAAUUAUGUACUCUAUCCUACCUAUGAUUAGUGAAAAAGGACAAAGUCUAAGAGGCUAUAAAUUUGGGAUAAAUUCAUUUGAGUCAACAUUUACAUUUUCAAGUAGAAUGUGUAGACGAGAAUCUAAAUCCUAUCAAACUGAAAAUCGAACAAAUUUUUGGUUUGAUAAUUUAUGAUGACAUUGGAACUAGUGCUUUGAAAGGACUCAUCAGUCAGCAGUAAAGAGAAAGGGUUUGUGAUUAUAUCAAUAGAAGUUUGUUAAGUAAUUAUGGAAUCAAAUUAUUUAAGUCGAAAUGGGAUAUGAAGAUGAAUCAGCAUUAGAAAUAUGCCUUAAAUAGCUAAUUUAGGUUUGCGGUCAAAUUUAAUAAAGAGGAUUGCUAGGGGGACAUUCAGUCUAGUUUUUAUGA